AUGAAGAAGAAUCCGAAGAGAGUGAAAAAACAGAAACAACAUAAGAAAGCGUUGAAGUUUUAUAAAACUUGUUUUGGGUUUAGAGAGCCGUUUAAGAUCUUAUGUGAUGGAACAUUGGUGUAUACACUUGUUGUUAAAGACAUACCACUUAAGACUGCAUUGGAAAAUAGUCUUGGCGCCAGAGUUGAACUCUUUACAACCAGAUGCCUUCUUGCGGAGUUGGAGUUUGUUCUCUUAUCCAAAACACUGGAAGCAGAGAGUCUUCCCUUAUCCAAACAGGAAGCAGAGAGUCUUCCCAUAUCCAAAGCACUGGAAGCAGCUAAAAGUCUUUGUACUGUUGCACGAUUAGCAUUUAUUCUCUUCUUCUUAUUGCUUCUCUCCAGAGCAGGAUAUUGCAUAACUGAAGUUAUUGGGCAGAAAAAUUCUCAAAACUUUGUUGUUGCUACUGAAGAUGGUCAUUUGCGUGGACGUCUUCGAAAGACUACAGGACUAUAUUGUGAUUCACCAGUUGACCUUAGCAUGUGGGACUGA